AUGAUGUCACCAGAUACAGUGUCGUCACUAUUCCCAGACCGGCCCAUUCGGCCGCUGCCGAAACGUCGACUCCGAGAACGCUUGCCACCAGAAGCUGCGGAUUCAAUAAAGUGCCCUGUUUCGACGCGAGAAAACGCUCCGUUCUUUCACUACCCUCCAUACACAGUCAAGGAAGCCAAGGAAGGGAGCAGCCAGCUCACCAGUGUUCUCUCUGACCUAACACAAUCCGGACGAUUGGACGAUUCAAAUCGUGCUGUCACACCACAACGAUAUGGAGUACAAUCAGCUGCUGGGGAGGAAGUUCAUACUGGAGCUCGAAGCACAGUUGCUGCAAGAACACCUCCUGAAAUUUUGAAUUUGUCAGGCCGGCAAGCAGCUCGACAAGAACAGCCACGACAGGUUGAACCACAACCACCACCUUCUGCUACCCCGUCUCUGGAUGGAUAUGAUUCAUUCGAAAAUACAAAUAAUAAAAAGAAGAGAAAGAUACCGUCGGCCGGAGAGUCGUCAAUCAAUGGGACCCAUGGACACAGCAAUGAGAUGAAUGGCCUGGGACUUUCUGCUGCCACCUCACCCCCAGUAGACGAUGACCACGGCACUGAGAGAAGCCACGCGGGCUCCAAUACCUACCAAGAUUCGACGUCGUAUGCUUCUGGUAAUCAAGGCUUCUCUGGGCCUGGCAGGGGAAGACUCGGACGAUCUGGGAAUGCUAGGACCCCGCUUCGAACGUUGCCAGAUGGCAACACCACCUGGACCAGUAGAGGCGUGAAGGCUGGGACAACUCAUUGGCCAGCAGGCAGCGAUAGUGUUGGCAUUAUUUCUAGUGCUAUCGCAAACGCUGGGAAGCUCCCUCCCCAGGGACAAGAGAACGUCAGCCUUUUACAGCAACACUCUUCCGCGUCGAAGUCCACGCCAGCCUCAGCACAGUUCACCUUUACGUGUGAUUCUCAAGUUCCAGGAACUGUGCAGUGGCCAGGCAACCAUUCUCGAGACGACAUCACAACCCACGGCCCCGAUAUGCACUCCAACACAAACAUGAACAAUAGUACAAGUAACGACAUUUCACAAGCAGCAACGAGCUCCCAAUCACUCAGAAGGACCCGUCGUCAGCUGGAUCGAGAAUUGAAGAUGGCCGCUCGUCGACGACGACAGAUUGCGGAGGAAAACUUGCAUGAGAACCCGCCAAAACCUGAAGAUGUGUGGAUUUGCGAGUUCUGCGAGUAUGAGCGGAUCUUUGGCGAACCUCCCAAAGUUCUUAUUCGAGCGUUUGAGAUAAAAGACCGCCGUCAUCGCCGCAAAGAAGCUGACCGGAAGCGACUCAUGGAGAAGGCGAAAGCUAAGAGUAGGAAGAGCAAGAAGCCCAGCAAAGCCCUCAACAAAGGCAGCUCCAGCGGGCAUCAUCACCCCGAUCACAUGCCGUCGGACUACAUUGAUGACCAUCAGGCACCAUCCAUGGAUCAUGAGCAGAGUCAUUCUACUCAAUCCGAAGAGGAAUACGAUGACGGGGUCGUGGAUGACCAAGUUUACCCGCAGCCAUAUCCCUUGCAUCAAGAAGGAGAUGGAGGCGGGACUCAAGAGCAAGAGCGAGUCGAAUCGUAG